AUGGCGGCGUGUAGUUUUGAUAUGCUAUUCACUUAUGUCAAUACCGGAUGGGAAGGAUCAGCUGCUGAUUCCAGAGUGUUAACUGAGACUAUGAGAGAUCCAGAUGACCCAUUCUUUGCGCCUUUUUGGCACCAUUUCGCGGUCAGAGAGAGGUGCUUUGGGGUCUUGAAAGCAAGGUUUAAAAUUCUUAGGCAUAUGACCAAUUAUUGGAUGCCAAGACAAAAUGUUAUACCAAUAGCUUGUUAUGUGAUCCACAAUUUAAUUAAGAUGCACGCGCGAGAUGAUCCUCUAUUUAGACAAUAUGAGGUCGAUUUGCCCGUAGAAGAUAUUGAGGGAGAACAAGAAGGGCAACAGGAACAACAACAUGGUAUGGAUGCACAAGAAGCAGAAACAUCUGAAAUGGGUGGUCGGCAACAACGUAAUUACAUGGUUAAUUUUAGGGAUCAUCUAGCUAAUCAAAUGUGGGAUUCGUAUAGGCGACAAUAA